AUGUCAACUUGAAAAAAUUUUGUCAAAAUUGGUCGUGUUCAAAAUUAUCUAAAUUAAAAAUGAAAAGAAAUUAUGCGAAAAUUUCUUGAUAGUUUAAGAAAAGCUGCAGUUAAUUAUUGGUCUCGUGUCAGAAAUCUCCCAACAUCGAAAAAUGAGUUGAUAAAUUAUUGUGCCGUUGGCGUUUCGUGUUCAGUCCUUUCAAGCAUCUUUUUCUGGUACAUUAAAACGAAUGCUGAUCAGUAUUCAUUCCUAUUUAAAAACAAUGCUGUGUACAAUAGAAUCUCCAAAUCGUCACCUAGAGAGACUUUCAAUUUUAUUGGAUCGGUUGUUAAGAAGUGCGUACCUUCAGUGGUGUUUGUAGAAAUAAAAGACAGAAAGAAACUGGAUCCCAUAUUCGGCAUACCAAUGAUAGUUUCAAAUGGGUCAGGAUUUAUUGUUCGCAACGAUGGUUUAAUAAUAACGAAUGCCCAUGUGGUUAUGAGUAAACCAAAUGCUCUCAUUACUGUAACGACUCACGACGGAAAAAUUUAUGAUGCGACAGUCGAAAAUGCCGAUUUGAAUACCGAUCUUGCACUCUUGAAAAUUAAUCCGUCUCGGUCUCUACCAGUGGCCAAUCUUGGGACAGCUAAAGAUUUAUCUAUUGGAGAAUGGGUUGUAGCACUUGGAAAUCCACUUUCUUUAACCCAUACAGCUACUGUAGGGGUUGUAAGUUCAGUGACCCGAUCUGCCCAAGAACUGGGACUCAGCAACCUCUCAAUGCGUUAUAUUCAAACUGACGCCUCAAUCACAUUUGGAAAUUCAGGAGGUCCGCUGGUAAACCUUGAAGGAGACGUCGUUGGAAUCAACAAUCUCCGUGUCACUGCGGGAAUAUCAUUUGCCAUACCGGUUGAUUAUGCCAAGGAUUUUAUUGAUAAGUAUUCUAACACAAAAGCAAUUCCAAUGAGCAGCAGGAACAUGGAUGAGAAAUGUAUCGGCAUUGCAACAUUCGAUAUUUCAACGGAUCUUGUAAAGUAUCUUCUGCAAGAACACAAACUCGUUCCAGAAGAUAUUUCCCACGGAGUUUAUGUGUGGAAAGUUGCACCAAACACUCCGGCUUUUGUGUAUGAUAAAGAUUUAUUAACUAGACAGUAUCAACAGCGGGAUUUUUAA